UGAGCUUCUCUCUUCCCUUUGCUUGCUUUCUUCUCUGUCUCUGAGCUCUUGAAAUCAUCUGACCUGCCAUUGUUGUUUUGUUUACCCAAUUUCUCCUUCUUAGAAGAAUGAAUAUUCAGAUUUCAUCGUUUUCGCCAUAGAAGUUGGGGGUUUUCUGAUUUCAUUACCGGAGGAGGGUUGCUUUUGGAAGAGAGAAGAUGAAGACGAGACUAAGGAAGCCAGUGCUGGUGUUGCUUUUCCUGACGGUUAUUGCUCCCAUUGUUCUUUACACUGAUAGACUCGCUUCAUUUACUUCCUUUUCAGCUACAGAUGAAUUCAUUCAGGAGCCUUCAACACUUUCGUUGAAUCGAGACGCCAUCCCCCUAAGUUUGCUUCCACAGGAGUUAUCUGCAGCAAAAAAAGAAUCAUCAGGUGAUGUUUAUUUGGAAAAUUUGACUAGAUCUGUUCAACAGCCUGAUGGUGAAAGGUCCAGGAAGACUAGACAGCUUACUGAAGUUUUAUCAGAAUCAAAGGAACUUGGCACCAUUGUUUCGGCUCAAGACGACAACCCCAUCAGGCAAUUGACUCAAGGGUUGCACGGAGUCGAUGGCAGUGAGAACGGAUUUGAAUCGGUCGAAAACAAGGAAAAUGUGAAGUUAAAGGAAACCAAACAAGAGGGACAGUUCAUCGAACUUCCUCAGAAAGUUGGUGAAAGGGGACCUGCAAAAACCAAAAGCGAGAAACCCAAUGAACGUGUUUUGGUAGAUUCUCGUGUUCGGUAUCUGAAGGAUCAAUUGAUUAGGGGAAGACUUUACCUUUCUCUUUCAGCAACGAGGACCAAUGUUCAUUUUAUUAGGGAACUUCGGUUACGUAUGAAGGAAGUCCAAAGAGUACUUGGUGAUGCAACCAAGGAUGCAGAUCUACCAAAAAGUGCCUCAGACAAGCUGAAGGCGAUGGAGCAAACGUUGGCAAAAGGAAAGCAAAUACAGGAUGACUGCACUGCUGUUGUAAAAAAACUCCGUGCUAUUAUUCACUCAACCGAGGAACAACAGCGGGUCCACAAGAAACAGGCCUUGUUUUUGACUCACUUAACUGCCAAAACUGUUCCUAAGGGUCUCCAUUGUCUUCCCUUACGCCUUUCAACCGAAUACUAUUCUUUAAAUUCUUCUGCACAGCAAUUCUCAAAUCAAGAAAAACUAGAAGACCCCAAGCUGUUCCACUAUGCACUGUUUUCGGAUAACGUGUUAGCUACAGCAGUAGUUGUGAAUUCAACUGUUUCUAGUGCCAAGGAUUCUUCGAAACAUGUGUUCCACAUUGUCACUGAUAGGCUCAAUUAUGCUGCAAUGAGGAUGUGGUUUCUUGCAAACCCACCCAGCAAGGCUACAAUACAAGUGCAGAACGUUGAGGAAUUUACAUGGCUAAAUGCGAGUUACAGCCCAGUUCUCAAGCAGUUGGCUUCACAGAACAUGAUUGAUUAUUAUUUCAAAACACGUAGGGCUGAGCCUGAUUCAAACCUGAAGUUCCGCAACCCAAAGUAUCUGUCAAUUAUGAAUCAUCUUCGGUUUUACCUUCCGGAGAUCUUUCCAAAGCUUAGUAAAGUGCUGUUCUUGGAUGAUGAUAUAGUGGUCCAGAAGGAUUUGACAGGUCUUUGGUCUCUUGAUCUGAAGGGCAAGGUGAAUGGUGCUGUUGAGACCUGUGGGGAAAGCUUCCAUCGGUUUGACCGAUAUCUCAACUUCUCAAAUCCUAUCAUAGCUAAAAAUUUUGAUCCCCGUGCUUGUGGUUGGGCGUAUGGAAUGAAUAUAUUUGAUUUGGAGGAAUGGAAGAAACAGAAUAUCACAGAAGUUUAUCAUUCAUGGCAAAAUUUGAAUCAAGGGAGACAACUGUGGAAGUUGGGAACGCUACCACCCGGUUUGAUAACAUUUUGGAAACGUGUAUACCCACUAGAGAAGUCAUGGCAUGUACUUGGGCUGGGGUAUAAUCCAAGCGUGAGCCAGAGGGAGAUUGAAAGAGCUGCAGUGAUUCACUACAACGGGAAUUUGAAACCAUGGCUGGAGAUAGGAAUUCCCAAGUUCCGAGGAUACUGGAACAGGUUUGUUGACUACGAGCAGGCAUACAUGCGGGAUUGCAAUAUGAGUCCAUAAGGAAGAAGCAGCAAAAUGGUAUAUAUUCUUUGAUUGAUAUUAGUGCUGAUGAUUAGUUUCUUCAUAUAUUUUCCUGGCCGUGGUUAUAAAACGAAACGAAAGCCAGCCACGCAUUAUGUUGAGUAGUUUGUUCUGUUAUGGGCUGACAGAUGUGUAAAGAAGCAAGACAUUUAUGUUAAACAAGUUGGUGUCUGAUUGAUGUUUAGUUUCUUUGUAUAUGUGUGUAAAAGAGCAAGCUAGUUUAUUUUUUGAAGAAGCCCUGUUUAGUAAACCAUAAUCUGGCUGUUUGAAAAAGCUAUUUAAGAUGGUUUUUCUUUUA